CUCUUCCCUAAACUCUUUAACAAUGGACGUCGUCUCAAAUUUCAUAUCUGAAUUGCGCAAUAAGAACCUUCUAUCCAGUAACCUUGGUGUAGUCAGUACUGCUACAAUUGGAGUUCUUCUUUUGCUGGCUCUUAAGUAUCCUGAUCGUGCCAUCUUUACUGAACAUCGGGAUGGUGUGCCUCAUGAGAAAGGUCUUCCCCUUGUUGGUCAUUUAUUCGGGCUACUAAAGAACAAGUAUCGAAUCCAUGACUUUCAAACCGACAAAUUUGUAAAACUGGAUACUAUGACAAUGACAAUGUCUGUGCUGGGUAUUCCCCGUACUAUAUUUACUAUCGAUCCGCGUAAUGUUGAGCAUGUUUUGAAAACAAACUUUGAAAACUAUGUAAAGAGUACUUGGUUUAGUGAAUGUACUGUGCAUCUCUUCGGUCACGGUAUCUUAAAUUCCAAUGGAGCACAAUGGAGAUGGCAGCGCAAAGCAGCAAGUCUUAUCUUUAACGUCAAGAACUUCCGAGAUCAAUUUACAGACGUAUUUGUGGAUGAAGUUGAGAUCUUGUGCAAUGAGAUACUCGAAAAGGCCGUGGUUUCUGGAGAGGCAGUCGAUCUCCACGAACACAUAUUCCGUUUUACCCUCGAUUCUUUUGUCUACCUUGGUUUUGGUAUUCAAUUGAAUUCAUUAAAGACAAAGGAAGAAGUAGAUUUUGCUGCUUCCUUUGACGCAUGCCAGCUAUACUCGCUCGAAAAAUUCAUGAACCCUAUGAUUGAGUAUACAGCCAUAAUUGACAGAAUUCUGCACCCUAGAAAGAAAACGAUAAAGCAACACAUCGAAACCAUAGACAAUUUUUCUUCAGCUGUGAUUUCUAAGCGUCGUACAGAACUUGCAAACGGUGGGACACCUAAUGACCUAUUGUCCCGUUUUAUGGGCGCCAAGAAUGAGAAAGACGAACCUUUGAGUGAUAAAGAAUUGAAGGACAUUUCAUUGAACUUCAUUAUUGCUGGUCGUGACACCACUGCUGUAGCUCUCACCUGGGUAUUCUAUUGUUUGUUUAACGCACCAGAGGUUGAAAAGAAGCUCCUUGAAGAAAUUACGAAUUGCAUCAAGGAUGAAAAGAAGAUGGAUUCGGCCGAGAUUUAUGAGACUAUCAAGAACAUGACUUAUGCUCAUGCAGUAUUCUACGAAGUUCUCCGGUUAUAUCCUCCAGUCCCUAAUAACCAGAAAUAUGCUCUUAAUGACGAUAUACUUCCAGAUGGCACACAUGUACUAAAGGGUGACAAUGUAGCCUGGUCGCCUUACGGAUCCAGUCGAAACAAAAAGAUCUGGGGUCCCGAUGCGGCAAAUUUUGAUCCUGAACGAUGGAUCACUCUGGAAGGUAAUCUUCGUCGUGAAACACAAGGCAGAUGGUCAGUUUUCAACGGUGGUCCAAGAGUCUGUCUUGGUCAAAGCUUUGCUACUUUGGAAGCAUUAGUUGUAAUCAUCUUCUUGUUUAAGAGAUACAAGUUUACCAUGCUUCCGAACCAAGACAUUACCUACGAGACUUCCUUAACCUUGCCUAUGAAGAAUGGUUUGAGGGUCAAAGUCGAGAAGCGUGUUUAAUCAAUUGUAUCGGACACUCUCCUCUAUAUGAGCUUGUCCUCAUUCAACUCCCACAAUGUCCAUACAGCAUACACACAUUCAAAAUAAUAUUUUAUAUAUAACUUCAAUACAAUUACUUUACAUAAAUAAAUAAAUAUAUCAAAAUUUAUUCGGC